UCUUUACAGACUUUUUAGCAGAGAACUGCAACCAAAACCUGUUCACAGCUGUCCGUCCAUCCACCCCUCCACCCCUCCAUCCCUCCUCCGUCUGUCUGUCAGUAUCUCCACGCUCAGGGAUGGUUCUCUCUGUGCUGUGUUUGGUUCUCCUGCUGGUUCCGGCCCACUGUGACUUCAGUUUAGACGGUUACUGGACGUCCUGGAAGACAGAAUUCAACAAAACGUACAGCAGCGCGAGGGAGGAGGUGUGCAGGAGAGCCGUCUGGAAGGAGAACGUUCAGGAUGUGAUGAAACACAACAAAGCCGCUUCAGCAGGAAGAAGAAGCUACACUAUGGGAAUCAACCACCUCUCAGACAUGUCUCCAGAAGAAGUGAACGCCCAGCUGAACGGUCUGAUAGAGGAACGUCCUGCUCUUCAUGAAGUGAACGACUCGUUCUCCUUCCUGACUGGAUCUCUCCCUCCGCCCAGAGUGGACUGGACCGAGAAGGGCCUGGUCACCCCCGUCCGGAACCAGGGUCCAUGUGGCUCCUGCUGGGCCUUCAGUGCGGUCGGGGCUCUGGAAGGUCAGAUGAAGAAGAAAACCGGUCGUCUGGUUCCUCUGAGUCCACAGAACCUGGUGGACUGCAGCGUCUCCAUCGGCAACCACGGCUGCAGAGGGGGCUACCUCAGCAAGUCCUUCAUCUACAUCAUACGGAACAAGGGCAUCGACUCGGACAGCUUCUACCCCUACGAGCACAGGGAUGGUACGUGUCGUUACGCGGUGAAGGGGAAAGCUGGUUACUGCUCCGGUUUCCAGAUUCUGCCGCGUAAUGAGGUUGUGAUGAUGCACACUGUGGCCGCCGUGGGGCCGAUUUCUGUGGGGAUCAACGCCAAACUGGCUUCAUUUCACAGAUACAAGAGCGGUAUCUAUGACGAUCCAGCGUGUGACCCUCGCUCGGUGAAUCAUGCGGUGCUAGUGGUGGGAUACGGACAAGAUAAGGGUCAGGACUACUGGCUGAUCAAGAACAGUUGGGGCUCUGCGUGGGGAGAGAAUGGAUUUGUCCGAAUGGCCCGAAACAGGAACCAGUGUGGAAUUGCCAACUUCGCCAUCUUCCCCACCGUCUGAUCACCCCGCCUCUCGUCAUCCUUCCAGCAUCUCUCCGUUUCUGAACCCCUCCCUGCGUUUGAGAGGACCUCUGUGUUUUGCUUUGUGUGAUUUGAGCUGGUUUUAUUGUCCGAGUGUUUGUGGUGCAGAAUGAGAGGAAAGCAGAUCGCCAAACGUUUAUUUCGUCUUUAUUAAAGAAUAUUUUACAAAGUCCUGUUACCAGACUGUAAAACGCUUAUUUGAAUAAAAACACUGGUUUAAAAAGCA